UCUCUGUUACUGCAAGUCAGAUGAGCUCAGCUCGUUUUUUCCCCUUUAAUAUUUCCUCUGUGAGACUGCUACACAAGUUAGUUUACCUUAGCCCUGGGCAUAAUCCCUUCUAAAUACCAAGAGUCCAGUUGGUGGAACGUCCCACGUGGUUUCCACUCCUGUAUAAAAGUUUCGGUGUAUUGUGGCACAAUGUCGUGACUGAAAGGAAAUAGCCGAUCCGAAGAUUACAUCUUUUUUGCUAACGCAUUCAUACACACCGCGGGACCCGUUUGCAGAUCGGAAAUUAAAAAUCACUUGUUUCCAACAAAUGCGGCAAAGAUCAAACGCAAAAGAAAUAAGUGGAUGGCGAGUGACAAACUGGAUUCUGCAAACCGCGAAAGGCGAGAAAUGAUUUAAAUGAGCGGCUCUUUUUACCUCCUUUCAACUUGGAAUUUCCGCGCAGCAGUCUUCGGAAGCUUUGCAUCGCUAAGAAGUUUAUUUUAUUCUGUUUAUAUGCUUGUACUCGCUUAUUUCUAUGUUUCUGUUAAACCAUGGCGUGACGCGUCAGGCGCGCUAAAGUGCCAUUCAACUGCUAUAAAAGGUGCAGAUUUCAAGUUCUCUGGUCAACAUUGUUUUUCUGGUGGAGUUGCACUUGGGGGCUAUAAGUCAACUAGUUCAUUCACUCAGACAAAUCUGAGACAGAGGGCAAAGCCACUGUGUGCUGUCCAUCCGAGUCCCAUUGAUUUGCAUUCCAAAUUACCAAAGACUCAGCAGUAUAGGUAAUUUAUCAAAGAAAAUGAAAGGAAUUACCUUCUAGCAUGAAUAUUAUUAUUGAAUCGUAUCAAUAAUAGCAUAUAUUGCGGCGCAUGGGAAAAGAAUAUUCGACAACACUACAUGGACUAGAUUUGAUAACUAACCGAUUUAUUUUUCUCAAACUAAAUUUAUACUAGUCCUAGGGGUUUAUCCUAGGAGUUGGGACUUAACUGAGAAGACGAACUUGAAGAUACUUCUGUAUCCUCAAUUGUGACUUAGACUCAAAUAAUUUAUUUCCACGGCUCUUGGGAAUAACUUUUGAAAAAUAAAAUGAAAAGGUAUUGUGUCAAAGUGGCUUGCUUUGUGGCUUGCAUACUUUCAAUCCGCUGCACACCGGCGCCGGGGACCGAGACUCAGACGGUGUCCCAGGAUACGUGUGCUUCAUGUGGGCUUGGACAACCAGAAGAAUCGGGCCGGAUGGACAUAGACUUUUUGGAAGCAGUGAAGAGGCAUAUCCUGAACAGGUUGCAGAUGAGAGAAAGACCGAACAUCACCCACCCCAUUCCGAAAGCUGCAAUGGUGACAGCGCUGAGGAAACUUCAUGCAGGGAAAGUUCGGGAAGACGGGAGGGUCGAGAUACCGAACCUGGACGGACACGCUACCUACAAUAAUGAAGUGCAGGAGGACACCUCGGAGAUUAUCAGUUUCGCGGAAUCAGAUGAACUCGCAUCAUCUAAGUCCAGCUUCCAUUUCCUCAUCUCCAACGAGGGCAACCAGAACCUGUACGUGUCCCAGGCCAGCCUGUGGCUGUACUUCAAGCUGCUGCCCUCGGCCGCGGAGAAGGGCUCGCGGCGCAAGGUGACGGUGAAGGUGUACUACCAGCAGACGGGCGCGGCGGCGGCGGCGGCGGCGGGCGGGCGCUGGGGCCUGGUGGAGAAGCGGGUGGAGCUGAAGCGCAGCGGCUGGCACACCUUCCCGCUGACGGAGCCCGUGCGCGGCGUCUUCGAGCGCGGCGACCGGCGCCAGGACCUGGACGUGCGCUGCGAGGGCUGCGAGGCGGCCGCCGUGCUGCCCGUCCUGGUGGACCCCGGCGACGAGUCGCACCGGCCCUUCCUGGUGGUGCAGGCCCGGCUGGCCGACGGCAAGCACCGCAUCCGCAAGCGGGGCCUGGAGUGCGACGGCACCGGCGGCCUCUGCUGCCGCCAGCAGUUCUACAUCGACUUCCGGCUCAUCGGCUGGAACGACUGGAUCAUCGCCCCCUCCGGCUACUUCGGGAACUACUGCGAGGGCAGCUGCCCCGCCUACAUGGCGGGCGUGCCCAGCUCGGCCUCCUCCUUCCACACGGCGGUGGUGAACCAGUACCGCAUGCGGGGCAUGAGCCCCGGCUCCAUGAACUCCUGCUGCAUCCCCACGCGCCUCAGCACCAUGUCCAUGCUCUACUUCGACGACGAGUACAACAUCGUCAAGCGGGACGUGCCCAACAUGAUCGUGGAGGAGUGCGGCUGCGCCUGAGCCGCCCCCACCCCUGCCCCCCCCACCCAACCCGGGGGGGCAGGACGCUCGAACUCUCAGACUCCUGUCGACAGGAAAACAAAAUAACGUUACGAAAAUAAUCAUAGUAACAAAGUAAUAUUUAUGAACUCUUUUUUUGUACUAUAUACAUAUAUAUGCGUGUAUACAUACAGACAUAGAUGUUCUCAUGGACACACUUACAAUUAUGCACAUGCACACACACACACAGGCACACACACACGCACACACACGCUCAUGACAUACACAGGCACGUUCAAACACUUGUGUACAUAUAUUUAUGUUUGUUAAUAUUCUCUGAAAAUAUGUCCUAUCAGUUCUGCAUGCAUGCAAGCCAAUCCUGUGUUACAUAUGCAGAUGUGCAGAGGUACCUUAGGUCUUGAUGUCAAAGGGAUGUAAGGAGAAUAGUAAUCAUCAGAUUAUAUUUUUCUAGUUUGCCAUUUCUAUACAAAUAAUGGAGAAAAAAAAAAGUUAUCCAACAUUCUGAUGAGGACAGAAAGAGCCUGAGAAUGCCAAUGAAGGAGGUUUACCGGACUGCCAACACUCACCUAACCUCUUUCUACUUUAUUCUUCAGCAAAAAAGAAAAAAAAAAGCAACAAAGACUGUGUUUAAAAAGAAAAAGCACUGACAGCUUAACACUGAAACAACAACUUCUCUAGAAAACAACAUCAGCACUUCUGACAAGGAGUAACACAUCACCACUCUUUUUUUUUCCCACUGAAGCAUUCCUACAGUAUGGCAAACUCACUACGGCCAGAACCAAUGGGAGUUUACCUGUCAGUUUCUCCACACCUGCUGUCUGAACCGUUCCAGUCUCCGCGGAGCAGAGGCCUACCAGUCUUGGGAAGAGGACUCGAACGAACGCUACCGCCAGACUAAGUGCUGACACCGUGACCGUGGCACGGACUCUCUCGCGCCCGGGAAGUGGAACCGUUAGGCAGGGUGGGCAGGCCGGCUGUAAAUACAGAGAGACGGACCUUGCGUCACGUCAUAAAGCUUCCCCUGCUCACAGGGCUUGUAGCAUCCUUUUUAAAAAAAGAUAUCCAAUGUACUUAAACAGCUGAUGCAAAGAAUCUCACUUUGUCUCUUCUCAGUCAGCCGAAGUGAAGAGUUGCCAUAUUGCUCAGUUGGUUAUGGAACAGCAUAGCACUUGUAAAUCUCCUAAAAUGCACAUUUUAUAGCACUUGCAGAUUUGAAAUGCCUUUUAAAGGGUACUAAGUGGUGCACCUACCCUUGCUCACUGUUCUAUUAAAAUAAGUGCCGCAUGAGCUAUGCAAUGUAUAGUAUUGACCCAUACCAGACAAACUGAACUUUUGUAGUUUUUAACUUUAUCAAUACUUGAAUUGUAAUCUUUCGCUCUUUCUUCAAAGCGACUGAUUGUUACAAUGUUUGCACUGAAAAGUUGCGUGAUUAGUUUAAAAAAACUGCCAUUGAAAACAAAGUUAUUUUUAUAGAAGCAAAUUGAAUUCUGUUCAAAUGUAUUAUACCUAAUGAUGGAACCAAAGAGGCCAAGAUUUUAGCUAUUAUAAGAUGGCGAGGCCAUCGCAUUAUUUUGUAAAAUACUCUGUGAUCAUUUGAGAGGCCUAAACACUGUAUCAGGGUACAAUAUUAUGGAUUCCAUUUUCAGCUCCACAUCUUUUCUAUUUUGUAUAGUAGACAAAUGGAAUAUUACAUCUUUUUUUUCAUCAAAAUUAAUUCAUUUUCAGUUUUCUAUUUAAUAAAAGUACUUUUUAGUUCCUGUGCCAGAAUCAUUUAGAAUCAAAUAAAUGUCAUCUCUGUACAGUUUAUGUAAAAUAUAAAGAUGCUUUUAAAAUAUUUUGUUCUUUGUAACUGUUAAGAAAUAAAAUUCUUACUCUGCAUUAA